AUGGCGCAGUUUAUCCCACGCCCGGCUUUCCCUCAUUAUGGCGCCAUCCCGAGGUCUUACUUCCUAGGACAUCACCGGGCUGGAUUGACUAAGAUGAAGAGCAUGCUCUCAUUAAUUGACUACGUUGUCGAGUGCCGUGACUACCGGGCACCUGUGACAUCAAUUAACCCAAUGUUUGAAGAAGCUUUGGGAAAGAUUCGGCGACUGAUUGUCUACACAAAAAGAGAUCUUGGAGGCGUUCUGCACUCACCAAAGCAGCAAUCGUUAGAAAGAAAAGUCCGGAGCUUCGACCCGACCAGCACAGUGUUCUUCACCGACUCAUCCUCCCGUGCAGAUCUGAACCGGAUCAUUAAACACCUCCGCGAUGAUGCCGCAAUGCCUGAUAAGCUGACUGGGUGCCGUAUAAUGGUUGUUGGAAUGCCCAACGUCGGCAAAUCAACAUUAAUCAAUCACUUGCGGAAUCAUGGAGUUGGGAAAGCGAAGGCCCUGAAAACUGGUGGUCAGCCUGGAAUUACUCGCAAGAUCGCCAGCCCCGUCAAGAUCAUUGAGAGGGAGAGCGGAUCACAUACAUACGUGCUUGAUACCCCAGGUGUCUUUAUGCCCUACGUGCCGGACGCGGAGAAUAUGCUUAAGCUGGCUCUUGUCGGGUGUGUGAAGGAUUCUGUCAUAUCGCCCGUGACUCUCGUGGACUAUUUAUUGUAUAAGAUCAACUUGCAUGAUCCGCAGGCGUAUCGUCGUUGGUCCGAGCCCACAAACGAGGUCAUUCCUUUACUCGAGGGAUUUGCCCGUCAGACUGGGUUGCUCAUGAAGGGAGGCAUACCCAACGUGGAUGGUGCUGCUCUACAUUUCAUAUCGAAAUGGCGCUCGGGCGAUGUCGGGAAAUUUAUUCUCGACGAUCUAGACGCUGAGAAAUUGCGUAUGGAGGGCCCUGACGAGACCCAGCGCAUGAGCAUGUCUCAAGCAUUGAAGUUCGAGAGGGUGAACCGAAAAAAUAAGCCAGAUGCUGAUACCCCAUCUGAAUAA